AAUAAGGGCUUGGCUAAAGACGGUUACCAACAAGUUCCUAAAAUACGAUAUUUCAUGCGCCCUAUUUCCUUGAUGCCCAUUGAUAGGAUUGAAUUACUUAAUUUUUAUUAGUGAGUAAUUGGAAUUAUAUAUUAAAAUAAAGUUUACUAAUUAAAUGGUUGACUCCUAGCCCUUACUAAACUCUGGGGUCAUUAGCCAUAAGUAUUUAUUAGGAUUAGCUAGACUAGAGUUGGUGUCAACUCUGUACAGUCGUCAUUCAUAGUGUGGCCCCAUCCCGACUUCCACAUAGACCCCCUCCGAGAUUGCCCUGUGUCUCUGUCUCAAAAGUACCUAGAGCUAAAGGGCCCGCCAUAAAAUAAUAAAUGACAUAACACAUUUCCCCCCUGAUUUUUUUACACCCCCCUCCCCCUAUCAUCUCAAAUUUCUAACACACAUUAAACACUCUUAUAGCACAUUGUCACAAUUUUUUUACAUUAUUUAUGGAUGGUCUCUAACCUUGCAGAGUGCCAUGUUGUUAUGAAUACACUGGUAAGACAUAAAUACACAAGAUUGUUUUUUGUAAAUGGGAGUUUUUAUAUCCGCUCUAGGUUAGACAGAGGAUGUAUGUUAAUAGGACAGUAAAUUUUUGGAUGGGGGAUUUAGAUGCUGGUAUAAAAUUGUUGAAUUAUUACUUGGUAUAAUCUCAGUAGAGACCAUCAAGUAAAUUGUAAAUUAAAACCUGCAGGAUCUCUACAUAUGGCUUCAAUAAAGGGCAUAUUUUGAAUUUUAAAGAAUCUAAAAUCGAUUAGUCUGUCUGUAUGUAAUUAGCCGACCCAAAUUAAAUCUAAUUAUUGUAUGGAAAAAAACACUGUGUGCCUAGGAAGUAUGUAAUCUGUUGUUAGAUAGCGAGCAAUGCUUCAGUGCCAAGCUUUUAAUUUAAUGAAGGUUGUACAAAGCCUGUCCUUGAUGUAACACCAAUAGUAAUAGCCCAUGAUUUUUUUUCUAGUCUUUUGUGUGCUAUUUAUAAUUGUAAUGAGAGUUUGAUUUUAAUUUGCAGAAGUUGCAGUUUUCCUAAUCCAUUAAAAAAGGCUAUGGCUCUGUCAGUGGAGAAGUUGCUGACAGAUGCACACACACUCAUCAUACAUCUGAAAGAUCAUGAUACUCUCACUGACAGCAUCAUAGCAACAACACAAACACUUUUUAAUAAAGUUGAGGCUAUGAAACAGGCAAGUACCAGAAACUAUAUCGGUUUGUUGAAGCACUGAAAAGUUAGUACUGCAGACUACGUUUCUGAUAAAGAAAUUCCAAUAAAAUGUUGCUAGGUUGAUGAAACUGGAUUUCGUAACUUUCUAAAUACUGAAAUGUGUCACUCUGUGUUUGAAGGAUUGCAUACUUGCAAAUUUAAAAAAAAUACCUAUUAACAUAACUUACUAACAAGACAAAACCCUUUGGUCUUACAUAAAUGAAAUUACUUGUUAUGUUGUGCUAUUCUUUGAAAUUCAUACUUUGUUUGCUCAUAUCUUGGGGAAUUUAAGGCAAUGAUUUAUUUUGUGCAACUGUUCACUGUUACACAUACUUGUGUUGUUGCAGAUUUGAAAACAAAAUUAUUUAAAAAAAAUUAAUUUAAAAAAAGUAAAAGUUCAUGAUAAAUUAAAUUUUAAAUAAUCUUUUAAAAUCUGAUCUAUCAGGUCUAACAUGAACAAUUAUCAUUUUAUUAUUUUAUAAAGCAACAAAAAUUAAGUUGAACAUUUGUGUUUCUCUUAAAACCUUUCCAUCUACAGCAGCAUUGAAAGUGAAGUUUUCUCUAACUUACCUUUAAAUUUCUUUGGAAUUUUUUUUUUCUUUUUUUUUGUAUUUGUCUUGUCAUGUUUUGUUUUUUUAUACCUGAAUUAAAAUAUUAAAUUCAAUAAAAGUAACCUAAAGGAUUUAAUGGAAUUUUAACUUUUUAUUUAUUGAUAAAUAAUAAAAAUCCCUAAAAUAUUUCGUGAAGUAAAUAAAUACCUGCAGUAAUUUAACGAAAGACCAUUUAAUGUAGAAUUAUUAUGUUUGUCUUUUUCCCUCCACAGUACCAAGAUGAUAUUACUGAAUUAAAUGAGAUAGCAAAGCAUCGGCCCAGGUCAACACUAGUUUUAGGCAUUGCCCAAGAGAACCGGCAAAUUCGUGAGCUGCAGCAGGAAAACAGGGAACUACAGGCCACGCUGGAGGAACAUCAGUCAGCCCUGGAGCUCAUCAUGCAGAAAUACAGAGAGCACACAGUUAAGCUUCUACAAAGUAACAGACUAGAAAGGGCAAUACAAGAAAAGGAGAUUGUAGAUAAGGUAUUUAGUUUAAAAUUUUUUUUCAUUUAUGAAGUAAACUUUAUAAUUACUGGUCAUCUACAUUGUCUAGCAUGUUUGCUUUAUAAAAGUUCUUGCACUUAACUUGAAGUUUAUCAGUAGUUAGCAAAUUCCCUGUUUUUCACCUGAUGUUAGGGAAGCAGAUACUUUCAUACUAUUACUCUCGAAAUAAUUCACAAUUUUUCCAGUGUCCCACAUUACCCUCACUUAAAUAUUUCCCUGAUAUUCAAUUCCCAAAUGCUCCCCUGUUACUCAUACACCUUUCCCACAUACCUCACUCUCAUCCAUCACCUCCCCCACCCCAUCCUUAACACCAACUCUCUCCCAUGUCCCACUUACCCCUUCAUCGCAACCUUCCCUCUCGUAUCAUUUCCCCAAAUAUCACAACUUCUCAACCCCCCUUCCCCAUACUGUUGUGCAACAUUUCCAAUCUCAUCAAUCUGGUCCCCCCAUAUCUUAAUUGGUCCACCCCCCCCCCCUUCCACCUGUACACAGAUAUAAUUCAACCCAUCUUCAAACUGGGAAAUUUCAACAAAGGGACAUAUUGAAGUCAGAAACAUUCUUGCACUUUCUAAGUCAUAAAUCUACAGAUGAUGGAUAAUAAUGUUAUGAUAACAACUUGCUAUAAAAGUUUUAAAUUUAUAGUUGUGUUGCAUACUUUCAUACCCAUUGAUAUAAGCUAAUUAUCUUAUAUACUUUCAUACCCAUUGAUAUAAGCUAAUUAUCUUAUUUACUUUCAUACCCAUUGAUAUAAGCUAAUUAUACCCAUUGAUGCUGUAUAAAGUUUUAAAAAUCAUCAUGUGUAAAACAAACUGCAAGAACAGUGUUAAUAAAUUUUAUCCAAUAUCUUUUCAGGAUUCAGUUUCUCACUUAAUGGACAAGAUUGAUGAAAUGGCUGGUGUAAUGCAGAAGGCUAUUGAGGUAUGGGAAAUAGUUAUUUUUAUCUGGCUUUAUUCAUACUAAUAUUUAUGGGACACAUUAUCCUUGGAGGGGAACUCAUCUAAGAAAGGGAAAACUCAGAAUUAUAACCUGGAGAUGGAGUUCCAUAGGCGGACAACAUUGAUGCAAUGAAAAAAUUUCAAUAACACUUGCGAGGCUACUGGUGCCAAGCAAGCUGCAUCAUCCACAUAUGAUGUUCCCUUGGGUUAUCCAGGUGCAUGAAGAGAGAUGAUUUGCUGUGUAGGAAACCAGCUUAUACUCCUAAAGAAAAAUCACAGGCCUUGUGAUUUCAUCUUGCAAAGUGACGGAGAGAGGCCACAAAAAUAAUAAAAAAUUACAUACUAAAUAAUGGAAGCCUUCUCAGACAAAAAUAUCAUGCUUGUAUUCUGUACUUGAUAUGUUAUAAGGGUAGAAUGAUUGAAACCUAAAUUUAAUUAAUGGAGUUGCAUUACCUUAUUUUUCACCUAGCAGAAUUCUGUUCUGAUAUAUUCUUAUUGCGCAUAUUAUAUUCAAGUGAUGAUAUUUUUUUUAACAUUUUAAAAAUCAAUUAUUUAUAAGACUUAAUCGAUUGAAUCAGACCUGCCAACCCUUCCGAUUUUGUCGGAAUUAUACAGAUUUUUUACCCCUCAUUCCGACAAACCCCUUAAAAUUCCAAUUUUUCGAACUUUAUAAUUUUUCACCUGUCAUAAAAAUUCGAAAGCAACUAAGCAAAAAAAAAAAAAAUCGGGUAGGACAGGAAGUGUAGGAUUUGUUUUUAUGAAGCGUCUACAUGUUCAUCGACUGGACGAAUAAGUGAAUUAUUCUCGAGAUAUUCGUCUGGCUAGUAUUUAUUCGACCAAGUCACAUCACCACCAUAACAAAGUUGCGCGAGAUAUUUGUCCGCCAGCCUUGUUAUGUGACCUCUAAUUGUCUAUCAGAGUUUACGGAACUUCAUUUCAACAAAUUCAAGAUAGUCUGGGCAUUUACACGAAGAAAAAAAAAUUUUCAAUUCUACAAAAGAAAUACUAGAAACAUUGCUGGUAUAUAUAAUGAAAAAUUGUUUAAAAAAUGACAAUGUUUUUUAUAAGGCAUGUCCGCCGGAUAUAUAUCUCCCCCACUAUUUGUCUGGUCGCCUGAUGUGUAGACACUGCCUUGUUUUUAUCGAAGUGAACCGCGAUCUUCAAAUCAUUCUUCAAUCAUCAAUUGAUCUGAUCGCGAUUCAUCCUUUUUACAAGGCUAAAUAAUAAUUCCGACCUAUUUUUUUGUUAAAGCUUUUCUUAAUUAAAUGAUUUAAUCUAUUGAAAGUGAUGGGUACACUGAUAUUAAUAAACAUUGAAGGAAAUAUUUCUCUAGCCAACUCAGAUCGUUUUAAUGCCAGAGUCAAAGAAAUUUUUCCAGAUUUGAAUAAUGCUAGAAGAUUGUAAAGACAAAUUACAAUGAAACAAGGGCAAGCAUGACAGUUGAUAAUUUCUCUAACUUGCUUGUAACUAAAAUCAACUGCAAUGCUAACCUUCAGUUGUCUAAAGAGCUGUUGGACACGUGCAAAAGGGCCACUAGGGAUAUGCUGGAAAACUGAACUCUUACUAAGAGUCAAAGCAGUCUGUGUGUGUAUACAUAUGUAAAUAAAAUGGAUCUUCUGUUCUGUACUGUAUAUAUUGGUACCGGGUAUAUAGACAUUUUCAGUAAUGUUUUACUCAUGUUUGUGGUGCUCUAUGGACCCUUCCAAGACAAUGGAGGUAACUUUAUAUUUCUUGAUUUACUACAAAAGGCUUGUGCAUUAGUAUAUAGAUUUUAAACCAAGCCCCCAUGAGGUGCCUCCCCUGGGAGGCAGCGGCCCCACUUCCCCCUCGCGCGCAACCCCCCUACAGAUUUUUUUUCUUGGCAUGUUGGCAGGUCUGUUGAAUAUUGGUAUGCUAACUGAAGCUGUUGUUUUUAUGUCUAGGUUGAUGAGACCGUUGGGUGUGCUGAGAAAGAACGCCUGUCCCGUCUCGAAGUUGAGAACAGGGCUCUGAGAGAGCUGCUGGAGAUUUGCACCACCAGCAAAGAGAGGAUAGUUCCAGUUGAGCAGAAGGUGGAGAUGAUAAAAAAGGACGAAAGCGUGGAUGAAACCGUUGGCGAUGAUGACGAUGACACCACAGACACCGAGGGGGACUCCUCAGUAGUGAUGGCGCCAGACAAGAAAGAAGACAGUGAAAAGAAAGAGGCUGUGGAUAAAAAGAGGACACCCAACAGCAGCAGGGAGACCACUCCAACCGGCAACAAAAGUGUGGGAACUAGCAAAUCUGCUGUUGAUUUAAGGAAAGGAAAGACCACCCCUGUAAGCACAGCCACUGUUAAGAAAGCCACCUCAGCCACUGGCGUCAAGAAGGACCUGGGAUCAAUUAAGAAAAGUCCAUCAAUCGAGACCAAAAAAGAUCUGAAAUCAACCACCAAAGUCCCCCCCAAGGCUGUUGCUAAGAAGUGACAACUAAAAACAUUAAAGCAAUCCUUUAUUUUAGGCCGAUUCCUGAUCCUUAAACAAAAUACCAAUAUCACCGUAUAGAUGUUCAAAAUAUGGGGUGGUCAUGGGUGUGAAUGAAUUUAAUUUAGCACUUACAGCAGCAUAUUCCCCCAGCAACUGUGAUACUAUUAACAAAGUUGAAGAGAUAAGAUAGAUUUUUAAAUAUUUUUUUGAAUUAAUUUAAACUUUUAUGGGUAAAAAUUUACCAAGGAAGGCAGUUUCCUGAACUGAAGCUUGUCUUCAAAAUUACAAAUCAAAGAAGUUACAUUAAUUCUAGAAAUUGUCAAAUAUGUAUGUCUGCCUUCUCGGAAUAGUUAUAAUUUAUUAAACUUUACUAUUGGCAAUAUUAUAUUGCAUUUAUUAUGAGAUUUUUGUGCUAUAGUUUUCAUUGCUUUCUGAAGAUCAUUAAAGAUAUAUUAGCAUUAUAGAAUAGAUUGGCGAAGAUGGCAAUUCCUUCUAUUUUUCGAAAGGCAAAUCAUCGAAUGGUAGAGUCGUUAAUUUUAAAUAUUCGUAUAUGUAGUAUCAGCAUAAUCAUGGAUCUUCACCAUGGAACUUGUGACGAAUUAAAGACGGCCCACUUCAGCACAGAUAUCUAGUUGUAUAUUGCACCCAUUUGAAAUUUACUUAAACCAUUGUUUCAUGCUUUAAAUUCUGAGAACUUUCCACAGUUAAUAACUAUAUUAAUAUAUGGCGCUGUGAAUCUGGGCAACUGGAGACAUUGCAGAUAAUGUCUAGAUUAUAUAAUGGAGUAUUUCUCAUUGUGUAAAAAGUGAUAAUCUCUAAACUUGUAUUACAUUUUGAGAAAUAGAUAUAGAGUAUAGAUGUGUGGACAGAAAUAAAGUGAUGUAGGUGUUGGAAUGUGAACCAUAUUCACAAGGAUUCUUCUGAAAACCUAUCCACCAAAGGUUGGUCACUUCUGAUUUGGCGUCACAUUUGUUAUUAAAUCUUUGAGCCCGAGACAGUAAAAUGUUUCAGUGGGGUCGCAAGAUAAAUUUACAUACAUUUAACAAAAAAAUUUCCGUUAAAUAAUCGUUAAAGUAGUGAUUCGAAAUAAUCAUUCAAUGCAGGCUUGUUGAACAAAUAAUAAAAAGCUUGUUGGAUUAUGUUAUUUUUUUUUUUUUGUAACUACAGGAAUCUCAGCAUGUUAGAACCAUUCAGUAAUCACAAAGCUUAAAUGAGGAAGAAACAGUUGCACAAGAAAAAUAAUUUCAUAAAUCCAGAAAAUGGAAAUUAUUUUUUAUUAAUCAUUGAAUUUGUAUUUUUUCAUGAUGUGAAAGUGAAGUCAUUGUGAAUGAAGC